AUGAAGUUCCUCAUCGCUGCCCUCUAUGGAAUGGUAGCGCUCGCUGGGACGCUACCCGCCCAUGACCCUGAGGAAUUCAGAUUCAGUUACCGUAACGACGGCCUAAACGUUUACGAGUGCAACAAAAAUGACCUUAUGGUUUGCGCCAAACCUCAAGUUUGUGCAAUCAUAGAGAAAUGCGAGAAGAGCUGCAUUUUCAAUAGCGAUGGGGCCGAUUGCAUUCGUAAGGGCGAGAUAAAUUACGAUUUCCUUGCCUAUUACUAUGAGCAUCCAGAAUUGGACAUGAAUAUCCAUAUAGAUCCCAAUGAAAAUUGGGAAUCGAAGAAACCAGCUAGCCCGGAGAAGCGCCAGAGCAGUGGUCAGACCAACCAGCUCAUUUCUUCCGGCAUUAACAAAGACGAUACUGUAACAGAGAAGACAUACGAGUGUUCAAACGACCAUACCGGCGUCCUGGUCUGCCAGUAUGGAUUCUGCUCGACCGAUCACUACUGCAAGAAGGGAAUAAGGUGCAGCGACAAUUGCAGCUGCUGCAGGAGGGGUUUGGAAGAAGUUGAAGGUUCCGACACGACUCAAAUCCUGCCGAGAUCAACCGAGCUCGCUCCGCGCGGAGGAUGUACCCCCGGCAAGUACACUUGCAAUAUUAAUCCUUUCACGAAUUCGGCCUGGAUCCUCACUUGCAACCCGAAGGGAGAGUGGCAAUACUCGUCCGAUUGUGGUACCGACAAGUGCAUUGAAUCCCCAGAAGGUGUUGCGCACUGCGUUGCUAAGACCAACUAA